AUGCUCAAGUCUGUCACAGAAAGUUUCGCCAGCAUGAUCCACGGCUUGAAAGUGGACCACCUGACAGACAGUGUCAUCCAGAGGAGCAAGAGAAUGAUCCUGGAUUCCCUGGGUGUCGGCUUCCUGGGAACGGGCACAGAAGUGUUCCAUAAAGUCUCCCAAUAUAGUAAAAUCUACAGCUCCAAUAACUCCAGCACUGUUUGGGGUCGACCCGACUUCAGGCUCCCACCCACGUAUGCUGCUUUUGUCAACGGUGUUGCUGUUCAUUCCAUGGAUUUUGAUGACACGUGGCACCCUGCCACCCACCCUUCCGGAGCAGUCCUACCUGUCCUCACAGCUUUGUCGGAAGCCCUGCCUCAGACUCCGAAGUUGUCCGGCCUUGACCUGCUGCUGGCAUUCAAUGUUGGCAUUGAAACACAAGGACGAUUAAUGCACUUCUCCAAGGAAGCCAAGGACAUACCAAAGAGGUUUCACCCGCCUUCUGUGGUGGGGACUUUGGGAAGCGCUGCUGCUGCAUCCAAGUUUUUAGGGCUCAGCUUGACAAAGUGCCGAGAGGCCCUGGCUAUUGCUGUCUCUCAUGCUGGGGCACCCAUAGCAAAUGCUGCCACUCAAACUAAGCCCCUUCACAUCGGCAAUGCAGCCAAGCAUGGAAUGGAAGCCACGUUUCUGGCGAUGCUGGGUCUCCAAGGAAGCAAGCAGAUCUUGGACCUGGGGUCAGGGUUUGGUGCGUUCUAUGCUAACUACUCCCCCAAAGACCUUCCAAGCUUGGAUUCCCACACAUGGCUACUAGAUCAGCAGGAUGUGGCCUUCAAGAGCUUCCCGGCACACCUGGCUACCCACUGGGUGGCAGAUGCAGCUGCCUCUGUGAGAAAACACCUUGUGACUUCAGAAAGAGCUCUGUUUCCUGUUGACCACAUCGAGAGAAUUGUGCUUAGGAUCCCCGAUGUCCAAUAUGUGAAUAGGCCCUUCCCAGACUCGGAGCAUGAAGCCCGUCAUUCAUUCCAGUAUGUGGCCUGUGCCAUGCUGCUCGAUGGUAGUGUCACUGUCCCAUCCUUCCACAGCCAGCAGAUCAACAGGCCACAGGUGAGAGAGCUGCUCAAGAAAGUGGUGCUGGAGCAUCCUUCUGACAACCUGCCAAGCUUCAACACCCUCUACUGUGAAAUGAGCAUCACUCUUCAGGAUGGCACCACCUUCACCGGACGGUCUGACACCUUCUAUGGUCACUGGAGGAAACCACUGAGCCAGGAGGACCUGCAGAAGAAAUUCCGAGCCAAUGCCUCAAAGGUUCUAUGCAGGGACACAGUGGAAAGCCUCAUCAAGGUAGUAGAUAAGCUGGAAGAUCUUGAAGACUGCUCCAUGUUAACCACACUUCUGAAAGGACCCUCUGUCCAAGAGGAGGCCUCCAAACUAUCCAGCAUGUUUUCAUUCCAUCACACAACCCCGCCCAGGCUUACCAAUAUCUGAACAGCUUUGCACUAGAAGAGAUACAAUGGUGUGCUCUACUGCUCCAUCUGCCCCGCAAAGAACAGAGCAAGGUAGAGAGUCCAGAAACAGAGAUAAGUGUAUUUGGAGGGAGUCCUGUCCUGUGA